CGCUGGGGCUUCGCGCGACCUUCUCGGACGGCCGCACCGACCGCUCGGAAUGAAUGCAGUAGGUGAUAAAUUGGGAAGAUCUGAUGCCCCCACAGAGUUCCCCGCGGACCAUAUAUUACGACACGCCAGUAGAGCCUCAUUGGUGCUUCGUCGACGGCCUCAGAACCAACUCAGAACCCUCUUCCCGGGCCCGGGCCCCGUCGGAGACUUGCGAUCUUGUACGCAUGCCGUGUGCUGUGGAUUCCGUGGAGUGUGGACCAUUUGAAGAGUCGACAUCUUUAUGUCAUGCAGUGUUAGGAUGGCCUGUGUAUGAUCCGGCGACUACAUUCGUGCCGGCGUGUGGGGCUACCUUCAAGCUGCCCGAUAUGACACCACGUGCCAUUAAUCCAAGUCAGAAUCAAUGUUGCUGUGCGGGUGUAACCAUGUUACAGAAAUCUCGCCGGAUGCGACCACUUGCCGCGCUGUGAAUCACAUUGAACCGCUUGCAGUUUCGUUGGUCCCUGACAUGCUAUCCGCGAGCUACGAGAUUAUCUCAAGGAGCGUGCAUCCCAGUGAUCCAGCAGCGGCCCCGACAUGGCGAUUAGGAUUGCGUCCGGAUGUCCGCAGCGUUCCCGCGAGCGAGAUCGUCGCCCGUGGAUUGUUUAACCAUGUCGCCUGUCACGUAUUCUGAUAUUCAUCCCGCUAUAUAUUGGUGUCAAUGCAUUACCGUCUAUUAGAAC